AUGACAUUGGCACCAUACAAAGGGAUUGGAGAUCCUAAAGUUCAUGUUACAAAAUUCGAAUCCAUGAUGUUUCUAAAUAGUGACUCCGAUCCCAUCUUGUGCCGAUCUUUUUCAACCUUUUUAGAUGGUGCAGCUUUAUUAAGGUUUUCUAGUUUACCUGCAGGUUCUAUAUCCAGCUUCGACAAGUUUGCCAGAUUGUUCAUAAAUCAUAUUGUAGCAUCCAAAAUCUACGUACAAGACUCAGACUACCUCGGCACAAUCAAACAAGGUCAGCAUGAGAGCUUGAAGAAUUACAUGACGUGCUUCACAAUAGCAGCCAUAGAAAUCUCAUACCUCAAUCCAAAAGUGCAGUUACAUGCGAUAAAAAGCGGCCUCAGAGCUGGAAAGUUCUAG